GCUGGUGAGCAGCGCUGAUUGUCUCUCACUCCAGCCGAAGAAGAGUCGGUCAGAGCGGCAGUGGAGGAGGAAACAUGGCGGCGUCCAAGGUGAAGCAGGACAUGCCUCCGACCGGAGGAUACGGGCCCGUCGAUUACCGGAGAAACCUGCCGCGACGCGGGCUGUCCGGAUACAGUAUGUUCGGGAUCGGAAUCGGGAUCAUGGUGUUCGGAUACUGGCGGCUGUUUAAAUGGAACCGAGAGCGCCGGCGUCUGCACAUCGAGGAUUUAGAGGCACGGAUCGCAUUAAUGCCGCUGCUGCAGGCGGAACAGGACCGCAGAACGUUACGGAUGCUGCGUGAGAAUCUGGAGGAGGAGGCCGUCAUUAUGAAGGACGUUCCUGGCUGGAAGGUGGGUGAGAACAUGUUCCACACAGAUCGUUGGGUGACGCCCCUCACAGAGGAGCUCUUUAACCUUCGACCCCGUGAGGAGUUGCUCCAUAAGAAGUUUGGCUUCCUGUGGUAUGUGUGACAUCAGCCUGAAGGAUCUGAGACACACGCCGUAUCUGUCUGGGGUCACAUGGUUCACCUUGUUCAUGUUUAAAUAUUAAAUCUUAUUUCUGUACCUCUGAAA